AUGCAUUGGAACCCGAUAUGCGUACAGGAGAAAAGUAGCAGAGAAAGCCACUCAAUCACUAGAUACACCAUUCAACCAAACUAUUGCUUGAGGCAUAAGUUCAAGUUCGAUUAUUACUGUUUAUGGCUAUCAACCACCCAUCCUCCGUCUCCCAUGACAGAAAGCCUUCACAUAUCGUACACCAGUCAAAUUCUAGUAUUGCUUGGGACAAUGAUCAGACUUGAACCAAAAAAACUCGUGAUGCGUGAGACGAUCGACAACAUCCUACUCGAUCUCUGCUCAACCAUCUGA